CGCGCUAAAUCUGUCCGCACUCCGGUCGGUGGAGCCCCACCUUCUGCCCGCGCUGCAGUCAAGAAGCCUACAACAACAGCAUCUACCGCAAACACUACCAAGUCAGCUAUGGCCGACGCAAAGGCAGAAGCUGCUGCUGUCAUUGACGACCUACGCGAGCGUCUGCAAAAAGCAGAAUUGGCUGCCGAAGAGGCCCAGAAAGAGAAGGCUGUCGUCCAAGCCCGGUUCGACGAAAUAAAUAAAGAGCACAAUAAUCUUGAAGAGUCGGUGCAUGAGCAAGAAGAGCGUUUGGAGCAGCUGGAAAAUGAGAAGAAGGAGAGCAUUCGCCAGCGUAGAGAGUUCGAGGCCAUCUAUGAAGCCGAGCGUGCUCAGUCUAUGAAAGAGAAAGAGGAGUUGCAAGUCCGCGAAGAGGAGCUUCGUGACACUAUUCAGAGGUUGAAGGAGACGAUGGCUCAGAAAGAGAUGCGCAACGAAGACGACAGGCGGCAGAGCAUCUCCAGAGCAUCGAGCUUCCGAAGCAAUGCAUCUCCGAACCAAGAAGCCGGCCAAUUCGCUCCUCCAUCCUCUUUGCAGCGAAGCGAUUCUUCCCGCAGCUCUUCCCGUCUGGUUCUGCAAAAAGAUAAGAUUAUCGAAUCGCUCCGUCUUGAGUUGGCCGAAUCGCAAAUUAAGCUGGUCGAGAUGGAGAACAUGGGCGGAGGCCGUAUGCAAGAGUUGGAAAAGACACUCAUGGAGACGAGAAUGGCCAACGCUAGAUUGAUGGAGGAUAACGAGAGCUUCCAACUGCUCCUGAGCGAGAAGACGCUGAACGGUGACUUUGCUCACAGUGGUUUGCUGCGUCCUCCUUCAAUAAUGAGCGCUGGCUCUCGUCCUUCUUCCCCGUCUGCCAUGGCUGGAGCAUCGACUCUCGCUGAUGAGCUUGAGAAUGCCAGUGACGACGGCAUGGCAGAUAACAGACGUCUGCAAGCCGAACUCUCAUCUAUGAGAGAUCAGAACAAGGCGCUGACUUUGUAUAUCAACAACAUCAUCUCGCGCCUACUGCAACACAAGGAGUUUGAGAACAUUCUCGACAAGACUCCCAACCUCAUGUCCGGAGCAGACUCCAAAGACAAGGACCUGCCACCUCCACCACCAGAGAAAGACGAACAACCCUCUCUACUCAAACGAGCCACUUCAGUCGUGCGUGGUGGCCGUCCAAAGCCUAUUGAAACACAGUCAGAACCCCAACCCAGUUUUGUCGAAGAUCCCAAUACAGCUCCUCGCAUUCCUCUCGCCCGCGCACAAUCCAACCGCAUGUCAAUCGGCGGUCCUCCUUCCUCCCAUCGCCGCUCAGGCUCCGAGUUAGGCAACCCAGCUGCUCUGGUCAACAACAUGUACCGUGGACCCUCCUCAGGCCCAACAAGCCCAAGUCUGGUACCUCCGCGCGGCAGCUCUCUCUUCAGCCCUGUGUUGCCCGUAGCACCCGCCGCAGCAGCCCGCGUGCCCUCCUCCGGCUCCGUUCCUCAAGUCCCAGAUGACAGACGCCAAAGCAUGCCUCCACCUUCUCUGCCCUCUGCAGCACCCAGAGACUCUGCCCGCAACAGCAUAUACAGCGAAUCCGGGCUCGCGGACAACAUGAGCACAGCCAGUCCCCCACGCAGCACAACCUCGAGCGGCGAAAAGCCCACCGGCGCUAUCAUGCGAGGAGGCGGUAUGCGACCCCUACGACUCGUCCAAGAAGCCAAAGAAGAAGAAGAGGCAGCCAAAAAGGCCAAGCGAUCGAGUUGGAUGGGCUGGUUU